GUUGCUUAGCAAGGGGGAACGAGGCUCUUUGCUCGCUCGGGCAGCCUCGCCGGGCGCCUUUCGGUUUCUGCCCCCGCGGAUCUUCCAUGUAGGAAGCCGAGGCUGGCGAGCCCGACACUCGGGAGCCGCCGCGGGGGGGCCGCUCGCUGGGGAGGCGCCGACGGGGGCAGGCUCGGCCGCCCCCAGGGAAGCGGCGGCCGCGUUCCUCCGGGGCGCGCCGGGGCCCGAGAGCCGCGCAGGGCGCGGGCCGCGCGGGGUGGGGCAGCCGGAGCGCAGGCCCCCGAGCCCCGGCGGGCGCCCCCGGGCCCCCGCGCGCGCCCCGGCCUCCGGGAGACUGGCGCAUGCCACGGAGCGCCCCUCGGGCCGCCGCCGCUCCUGCCUGGGCCCCUGCUGCUGCUGCUGCUGUCGCCUGCGCCUGCUGCCUCAACUCGGCGCCCGAGUUCUUCAUGGUGUGCGGAGGUCAUGUUCGCUCCUUAGCCGGCAAACGACUUUUCUCCUCGCCUCCUCGCCCCGCAUGUUCAGGACCAAACGAUCUGCGCUCGUCCGGCGUCUCUGGAGGAGCCGUGCGCCCGGCGGCGAGGACGGGGAGGAGGGUGCGGGCGGAGGCGAGCUGCGGGGAGAAGGGGCGACGGACGGCCGGGCGCAUGGGGCCGGUGGCGGCGGCGCGGGCAGGGCUGGCUGCUGCCUGGGCAAGGCGGUCCGAGGUGCCAAAGGUCACCACCACCCCCACCCGCCGGCCGCGGGCGUCGGCGCGGCCGGGGGCGCCGAGGCGGAUCUGAAGGCGCUCACGCACUCGGUGCUCAAGAAACUGAAGGAGCGGCAGCUGGAGCUGCUGCUCCAGGCCGUGGAGUCCCGGGGCGGGACGCGCACCGCGUGCCUCCUGCUGCCCGGCCGCCUGGACUGCAGGCCGGGCCCGGGGGCGCCCGCCAGCGCGCAGCCCGCGCAGCCGCCCUCGUCCUACUCGCUGCCCCUUCUGCUGUGCAAAGUGUUCAGGUGGCCGGAUCUCAGGCAUUCCUCGGAAGUCAAGAGGCUGUGUUGCUGUGAAUCUUACGGGAAGAUCAACCCCGAACUGGUGUGCUGCAACCCCCAUCACCUUAGCCGACUCUGCGAACUAGAGUCUCCCCCUCCUCCUUACUCCAGAUACCCGAUGGAUUUUCUCAAACCAACUGCAGAUUGUCCAGAUGCUGUGCCUUCCUCCGCUGAAACAGGGGGAACGAAUUAUCUGGCCCCUGGGGGGCUUUCAGAUUCCCAACUUCUUCUGGAGCCUGGGGAUCGGUCACACUGGUGCGUGGUGGCAUACUGGGAGGAGAAGACGCGAGUGGGAAGGCUCUACUGUGUCCAGGAGCCUUCCCUGGACAUCUUCUAUGAUCUACCUCAGGGGAACGGCUUCUGCCUCGGACAGCUCAAUUCGGACAACAAGAGUCAGCUGGUGCAGAAAGUGCGGAGCAAAAUCGGCUGUGGCAUCCAGCUGACGCGGGAGGUGGACGGCGUGUGGGUCUACAACCGCAGCAGUUACCCCAUCUUCAUCAAGUCCGCCACACUGGACAACCCGGACUCCAGGACACUGCUGGUGCACAAGGUGUUCCCCGGCUUCUCCAUCAAGGCUUUCGACUACGAGAAGGCGUACAGCCUGCAGCGGCCCAACGACCACGAGUUCAUGCAGCAGCCGUGGACUGGCUUCACCGUGCAGAUCAGCUUCGUGAAGGGCUGGGGCCAGUGUUACACCCGCCAGUUCAUCAGCAGUUGCCCGUGCUGGUUGGAGGUGAUCUUCAACAGCCGGUAGCCGCGUGGGGACAGGACAGAGCAUGAGCCGAGCAGGCCAGCGUUCAAACUACUUUGCUGCUAAGGUUUCCCUCCCGAAUGCUUGCUUUUCAUGCAGACUCUUUGGUCGUGUUUUUUGUUGUUGUUGUUUGUUCCUGUUUUCUACUCGUCAUUCUUCUUGUUUGUGUUCCGUUUUGUUCUUUGAGAAAUAGCUUAUGAAAAGAAUUGUUGGGAUUUUUUUUUUUUUUUUUUGGAGCAGGGGUGGGGGUGGGGAGGCCUAUGGUUGGUGGGAUACCCCAGAUAAGGAAAGGAGGGGGAAGCAGUGUGUGGACUGGGGAGCAGCCCCUCACUUCUCUCCAGGCAUCAUUUCACCUGUCGGGAGUGUGCGUGUGAGUGAGCGUGUGUGUGAGUGGCCGAGGCGGGGAACGCCACACUCUCUGCUCUGUGUUUCUGACGGAUGUCCCCGCCGACAGGUUGUGGCACCAGCUGUGUCCCUCUUGCCCUUCGGACGCGUUCCGUGGGGGCAGAGGCAGUACCUUGGGCGAACUGGCGGCUGAUGUCCCAGUGGCUACCGGAAGCACGGCUCUGCCGCCUGCCCCCCGAGACGCCCCCUGCCCCGCUCUCCCCCCGUUUCUAGGACACGGGCCUGUCCACAGGCUUCUGAGAAGCCAGCCUCCUCAAGGCUGAACCGGAACCGACCCCCUCCAUCCUUCCCUUACUCUGCCCCCGCCCCGCCCCGCCCCGCCCCGCCCCGCCCCGCCCGGCCCCGGCCCACCCCGGCCCAGCUGUCCUGGUGUCUCUGUUCCUCAGCCACUGCUCCUGGAUCUCCCUGGGAUGGGCAGCCCCGGCACAGUAUUGCGCCCCCCCCCCCCCCCGCCCCAGUGCCCUGUGCCCCCCCCGCCCCCUCCAUCAGAUGUUUCCUGGGUGUGAGAGAAGCUGUGCGCUUUGCUCCCCCUGCAGCCUGUGCGUCGAGCUGUGCCGUGAGGUCCGCGCCCGCAGCCCCCUCCCACCAAGCAGGGUCUGGUCUGCACCCAAGGUACCAUCCUAGGCUGACACCUGCCUCGUCUUUCGUUUCUUCUGCGACUCAUACGCUCGUAUGAUCAUUUGACACUGUUCUUAGCUCAAUGAGCAUGCUUAGACUUUAACAUAAGCUAUUUUUCUAACUACAAAGGUUAAAAUGAACAAGAGAAGCAUUCUCAUUGGAAAUUUAGCAUUGUAGUGCUUUGAGAGAGAAAGGACUCCUGAAAAAAGAACCCUGAGAUUUAUUAAAGAAAAAAUGUAUUUUAUGUUAUAUAUAAAUAUAUUAUUACUUGUAAAUAUAAAGACGUUUUAUAAGCAUCAUUAUUUAUGUAUUGUGCAAUGUGUAUAAACAAGAAAAAUAAAGAAAAGAUGCACUUUGCUUUAAUAUAAAUGCAAAUAACAAAUGCCAAAUUAAAAAAGAGAAACACGAGAUGGGUGUUUUUUCUAUGGGUGUUAUCACCUAGCUGAAUGUUUUUCUAAAGGAGUUUAUGUUCCAUUAAAGCAAUUUUUAAAAUGUA